AUGAAGAGAAAGACAUAUUUGGUUGAAGAAGAACACGAGAGUGAACAUGAAGAAAGCGAAAGUUCUGGUGAUGAAAGCGAGGAUGAAGAACCAAGAAGAAAAGAAGAACCAAGAAUAAAAGAUGUUUUGAGUCAUCUUUCCCGAGCAGUGUCGGAAAUUAGAAAAGCGUGCUUGUGAUUUGCUGCAUAGUAUAGCCGCGUCCAAAGAUAUUCUUUUCUGGACUCCCAGCGGACAAUUACUUCGAAAUAAACGCACUAUUCCCGUCACAAACAUCGCCGAGCUAGUUGAGUAUGUGUUACUCCCUCAUAACAAUGAGGUACCAAGCCUCGGGCGCUGAAUACGUUUGUAGAUGGACUUGCAGAGUUAGGAAUCGAUAAACGUUUAAUCAAGAACAAAAAAUUGUUAAGUGAUUUAAUAGAAAAGGAAAAAGGCUACCGAAAUGUAGAAAAUACUUCCGAUAAUGAGAGUAAUAAUGAGGAGAGUUCAUCGGAUAUUGAAAAUCAGGAGGAGGAGGAGGAAGUGGCUUCUGAGAAUGGCGUUGAAACUGAAGGCACCCAAGAGAGCGACAACGACACUGAAAAUGACAGUGAGGAAACAGAAAGUAGUAGCCCUGAAACAUCCACCACCUUUCACUCUAAAAGUCCCUGU